AUGGCCAAAAAACGUUCAUCAUUGAAGAAGAGUCGUUCCGAUUCUGGGAGUGCUGCAAUGAACAGCAAGAAGUUUAUGAAACGUACACAGGGAACGAGGACGGGUCUAACGUUCAAGAAAGGCGAGCACAGUUUGAAUCCAGAUCGUAAAGCGAAAGGAGAUCAUUUUCGCUCCAGAGCUACAAUCAAUCGGUUACGCAUGUACAAAAAUUUCAAACCUAUCAGAGAUGCCAAAGGUAAAAUUGUCAGAGCUGCACCCUAUCAAGAAAAACUGCCUUCUGGAACAGUUGCCAGGGUUGAACCUCAUCGAAAAUGGUUUGGAAAUACUCGAGUGGUUGGACAAGAACAACUACAAAAAUUCCAGGAGAAUUUGGGAAAGGCAUUGCAAGAUCCAUUCCAAGUGGUUAUGCGGCAAACCAAGCUCCCUAUUUCGUUGUUAACUGAAAAAGCAAAGCAACAGCGUGUUCACGUACUUGACACAGAGAGCUUCGAAUACACUUUCGGCAAAAAAGCUCUCAGGAAGAAGCCAAAGGUCAAAGUGGAAAGUCUCGAGACAUUAUGCGGCGAGGUUGUUCAACGAACCGAACAAUAUGAUGAAGCAACUGACAGUAGUUUGAUAAAAAAUGCCAUUCCUGAAGCAGUGGAGAAUUCAAAUCCAUUAUUUAAGGCCGGACAGAGCAAUCGUGUUUGGGGAGAGCUAUACAAGGUAAUUGAUUCAUCAGAUGUUGUUGUGGAAGUAGUUGAUGGACGAGAUCCAAUGGGAACUCGAUGUCUUCAUAUUGAACAGUUUUUACGAAAAGAAAAGCCCCAUAAGCAUUUAAUUUUGGUCUUGAACAAGGUUGAUUUGGUGCCAACUUGGAUUACGAAAAAGUGGCUGACACUAUUAUCACAAGAACUGCCAACAGUGGCUUUCCAUGCUUCUAUGCAGCAUUCUUUUGGCAAAGGGACACUGAUUAACCUAUUAAGACAGUUCGCAAAUCUUCAUAAAGAUCGUCAACAGAUAAGCGUUGGUUUCAUUGGUUAUCCAAAUGUUGGCAAAUCUUCAAUGAUCAAUACACUGCGGUCUAAACGAGUAUGUAAAACUGCUCCAAUUGCAGGCGAAACUAAAGUUUGGCAGUACGUUAGUUUGAUGCGACGUAUCUAUAUGAUUGACUGUCCAGGUGUUGUUUAUCCACAAGGAGAUUCGGAGACUCAGAUCAUCUUGAAGGGAGUGGUACGUGUUGAAAAUGUGAAAGAUCCAAUCAAUCAUGUACAGGGAGUUUUGGAUCGAGUAAGAGAACAAUACCUGUUAAAGACGUAUUCCAUCGACCCAUGGAAUGAUGUGUAUAAUUUCUUAACGAAAAUUUGUGUUAAGACAGGUCGAUUGUUAAAGGGUGGUGAACCUGACUGGAACACAGCAGCAAAAAUUGUGCUGAAUGAUUUUCAGCGAGGUCGUUUACCUUAUUUUGUUCUUCCUCCAGGUUGUGAACUGCAAAAUGCACAAGAACAUUGCGAAGAUAACGUAAAAUGUGCAGAAGAAAUAGCAACAAAUGAAUGCAACGAUUCAAAUGAUAUUGCAAAUGAAGAAAGUAAUGCUGCUGAUGAUCACAAUAACAGCGAUGACGAUGAUGAUAAUGGUACUCUAACGGAUUUAGGUUCAACGUGUAGUGGUCUUACUAACUUGUCGGAUUUAGACGAUUUAGAUUUUCAACUUCCGGAAGCUCCUGAAGGUACCAUCGAUGCUGGUGCAGAACCUAUAGAAAAGAAUGAACCAAAGUUAGAGAAACGACGUGCACGAGGAAAGAGAGCAGGAAAGAAGCUUUCGGAAAAGCGUAACAGAUUAAAACAUGGAAAGCCUUUCGACAAGUGUAGUGGUAUCGUUGAAUUUGGAUUAAGUGAGAAGAAAAAAGGUAAUAAAAAUGGAUGGAGAAGAAAAUUGAAGAAACGUCGACGUGUCAAGCAUCAGCAAUGA